CGGCGGCCCCGGCGGGCCGAGCCGAGCCGGGCCGGGCCGGGCGGGAUGGCGGCGCUGGGGGCGCUGGUGAAGAAGGUGUGGAGCGUGCGGCGGGUGCUGGUGCUGCUGGGCGCGCCGCUGGCGCUGCUGCCCGUGCUGCUCAGCCUGCCCCCCAAGGAAGGAAGAUGUCUCUACGUGAUCCUACUGAUGGCCCUGUACUGGUGCACGGAGGCGCUGCCGCUGGCUGUGACAGCCCUGCUGCCCAUCGUCCUCUUUCCCUUCCUGGGGGUUCUUCCAUCUAACAAAGUUUGCCCACAGUAUUUCUUAGACACCAACUUCCUCUUUCUCAGUGGCCUCAUCAUGGCAUCUGCCAUCGAGGAGUGGAAUUUGCACCGCAGGAUUGCUCUCCGUGUCCUCAUGUUGGUGGGAGUCCAGCCUGCCAGACUAAUUUUAGGAAUGAUGUUGACAACGUCUUUCCUGUCCAUGUGGUUAAGUAAUACUGCCUCCACUGCUAUGAUGCUUCCAAUUGCAAAUGCAAUUUUGAAAAGCCUCUUUGGGGAGAAAGACACAUCUAAAGAUCUGAACAGGGAAAAUGAAGAAAACCAAGCAUCUUUACAGCAGAAUAAACUUUACACUGUACCAACUGAGAUGCAGUUUCUGGCAAGUACUGAGGACAAAGAUCUGAGGGAGGAGAAGGAGGUUGCCAGCGAUGUGAUCUCAGACUUCAAGAAGGAGGAAGAAUACAAAACAAAUAUCUGGAAGGGUUUCCUCAUCUCAAUCCCAUAUGCAGCCAGCAUCGGCGGUACAGCGACACUGACGGGAACAGCUCCAAAUCUUAUCCUCCUAGGACAGCUGAAGAGUUAUUUUCCAGAAUGUGAUGUGGUGAACUUUGGUUCUUGGUUUAUGUUUGCAUUUCCUCUAAUGCUGAUUUUUCUUCUCAUGGGAUGGCUAUGGAUCUCCAUCUUGUAUGGAGGAAUUAACCUCAGGGGCUGGAGAAUAAAGAAGUCAAAUAUAAGGGUGGAUGCAGAAGCCCGAGCCAGAGAAGUGAUAAAGGAGGACUAUCAGAAACUGGGUCCAACCAAGUUUGCAGAACAGGCAAUUUUCUUCUUCUUUUGCAUGUUUGCGAUCAUGCUUUUCUCCAGGGACCCCAAAUUCAUUCCAGGUUGGGCAAGUUUGUUUGCACCAGGGUUCAUCACAGAUGCCGUUACUGGAAUCACCAUAGUGAUUAUAUUGUUCUUCUUCCCUUCACAAAAGCCUUCCUUCAGGUGGUGGUUUGACUUAAAAGCCCCGAACACUGAGACACAGCCCUUGCUGACUUGGAGGAAGGCUCAAGAGACCGUUCCCUGGAACAUCAUCUUGCUGCUCGGAGGGGGAUUUGCCAUGGCAAAAGGUUGCGAGGAGUCGGGUUUGUCUGUGUGGAUAGGAGGCCGCCUGCACCCCUUGGAGGGCGUACCCCCGCCGGUGGCUGUCAUCCUCAUCACUGUGGUCAUCGCCAUGUUCACAGAGUUUGCCAGCAACACAGCCACCAUUAUAAUCUUUCUGCCUGUCUUAGCGGAACUGGCCAUUCGUCUGAAGGUAAAUCCCCUCUAUUUAAUGAUACCAGGAACUGUAGGAUGCUCCUACGCAUUCAUGCUGCCAGUCUCAACUCCUCCUAACUCAAUUGCGUUUUCUUCUGGACACUUGAUGGUCAAGGAUAUGGCAAGAACUGGGUUGCUCAUGAAUCUUAUGGGAGUUCUGCUUCUUAGCUUGGCUAUGAACACAUGGGCCAAAAGUAUCUUCCAGCUGGGGACCUUCCCUGCAUGGGCCAACAUCCAUGCAGAAAAUGCCACAUCGCUUAUGACAGCUGUAGAAAAUGUCACUUUAAGUGCACUAAAUAAAAUAUGAACAAAGCCACCCCAGGGGAGGACUCACUCACUUAGGACUUGGGCACUGGAAUCAUCAGAGUAUGCAGAAGAAGAAGGCCACAUGGCUGCUCACACCUACCGGACCCUCUGAUUUAAUUUUAUUUUUAUAAAUAUUGGUGUAUGUCACAAUAUCUAUUUGUUAUUUUCUCUGAAGAUCUUUCCCCUCUCCCUGACGGGUACAAAUCAGAUAAUCCUAGAGAACUUCCACCAUACUUCAUAGGUGGUUGUUUACUGGACAACCUGCAAGCAUAUGCCGAAAGCUAGAGAGUUUUGCUGUUCUAGCUACUGAUACCCUACUGUGUUUUGGAGAGUAACCCUGUCCCCAGGGUGGAGGCAACUGGAUUAUUUACGUGCUACCCAGUGUGAGUGUGUGAGAACGUGGCCUUGGCCAUGUGGCUCUAGCAGGACCGUGGAGAUCGGGAUUUCAUUACGAUCUCGUGAGUAAUUCUGUCAUGUAGGAGGAAGACUGUUUCUUCAGGUUUGCGCAUGAAAGGAUGAUUCAGGAGAUGUGUAGGUAGGGCUUGGUGUAUUACUCCAUGCUUUGGAAAUGAGGAGGCAACAGUUUGUUUCUAAACAUGUUCAACGGUUUGAAAACCUAAGACAGUAAUUUCUGCCUGGUUCUUUGCACUGAAUGCACAGAUGGAGAUUGGGGGCCAAAUUUAUUCCUGACACAAGUCUGUGGACAUCGGUGAUGUCACCAUUGGUAAAUGUAGCCAGUCUUAGGUUUGUGGGAUUGAUGCACUCAUGGGCGAGCUGCUGAGUCACAGGUCAGUGGACAGUUUGCAUUGGAAUAUUAUUGACAUUUUUGAGGAGUAGACUUUGAUUCUUAACUUUUUUAAAAAAUCUGAUUCCUUGGGUACUUUCAAUGAAAGGAUUGCAAAUUGACUGUGAUUUAAUCACUUAACAUUUUAUCCAACUUUUUUUUAUUUUUCUCUAAGAAUCUAAAAUAUUUAAUUUAAAAGAUCAAUCACUGAAAUAGAUGGACUGUAAGAGAAAGGAUCUAACUUCUUGGUUUAGGAGGGUUAGUGACUGAGUCCCGGUGCUAGGUAUUGGGCUCCACUGUGUCUCCUUCUCUGAUGGAGUAAACUGGUGGAGCUCCAGUCCAGGCUGGCCGGCAAGGCUGGUCAGCACAAGCUAGGGAGCUGACUCGGUUCUUUUUUUGUACUAUGCCUGUGUUGCUGACAGUGCCCAGCGCCAGCUCUGAGAGCAGACAGGGUAAUUCGGCCCUCAGACCCAACGCUCUUUUCAGUCACAGUGGGGCUGUGGGAUUGCAUUAGGGUCGCAUCAUAGAUAGGAACGUUUGGAGGUUGAACCAAAACCACCAAAGCAAAUUGACUGAAUGUGGAACUUGAUUGAUCCAGAAACACAAACCUUAACGAUCCUGGAGAACAUACAAUAAAGCACAUUUAUUAGCAUGGUG